AUGGAAAAGACAAGCAUACGGCCUAAGGGGGAGGCCGCUGCGCUAGACCCGGAAAAGCUCACCUUUAGCUCUGAACGAGCAAGCAAUGUGCCAUCAUCGCUUUCGAGCGAUGUAGAACAAGGCUCUUUCCAGGACGACAAGAUCGAAGAGGAGCGCCGAUAUUCUCUCACCCGUGAACCUACACGUGCAAUUGGAACAGACGGGAUCAUAGCAAAAACGCUAUCCAUAAUUCGGACAAAGGACUCUGGACAAGAUCCUGGCCCUCCUCCCGAUGGCGGUUUCGAAGCCUGGUUGCAAGCCGCCCUCGCCCACCUAGUAAUCUUCAACACGUGGGGAUUCGCCAACAGCUUUGGGAUGUUCCAGGACUACUAUAGUGAAUCGCUCCAGCGUCCACCGUCGGACAUUGCAUGGGUGGGAAGCGUCCAAAUAUUCCUACUCUUCGCCAUCGGGACCUUCUCCGGCCGGGCUACAGACGCUGGAUUCUUCAAGCCUGUAUUCUUAGCACAAGGCCUUUGUCUGGGGAUUGGGGGCGGGCUAGUCUUCUGUCCAACCAUGACGCUGGUAUCAACCUACUUCUCCUCAAGGCGCUCUAUCGCCCUGGCCAUCGGCGCUUGUGGUUCUGCUACUGGAGCAAUCAUAUACCCCGUCAUUGUCCAACGAUUACUCCCCCGCAUCGGAUUCCCCUGGACUCUGCGCGUCAUGGGUCUCAUCACAGUAGUAACCCUGGCCCCAGGCUUCAUCUUUUUCCGUCAGCGCAUCCCACCUCGCCGCAGCGGACCGUUCUUCGAGUGGCCCGCAUUCAAAGAAGCCCCGUACUCCCUAUACGCAGCCGGCAUGUACCUCAACUUCUGGGCCCUCUUCAUCGGCUUCUUCUACGUCAGCAGCUUCGCCCGCAGCCAAGUCGGCGUCCCCAAAGCCGAAAGCAUCACUCUCCUCAUGAUCAUGAACGCCCUCGGGACCAUCGGUAGAAUGGUACCCAGCUGUCUCGCCGACUAUCUCAUCGGCCCGUUAAACACCAUCAUCCCGUUCGCUUUCCUCACAAUGAUAAUGCUAUUCGCCUGGAUGGGCGUAGACAACUCCUCCGGUCUGUACGCCUUCUCUAUCCUCUACGGCUUCUUCGGCGCCGGCAUGCAGGCUCUAUUCCCCGCCGUCGUGACCAGCCUCUCAACAGACCUGAAGAAAACGGGAAUUCGAUUUGGGAUGAUCCUGAGCAUUGUGAGCGUUGCGUCGCUAACGGGUCCCCCGAUUGCGGGCGCCCUUAUCGAGAAGGGCGGCGGUGACUAUCGGUUCGCGCAGAUAUUUGCAGCCGUCUCGAUGCUUGUAGGAACAGCCAUCCUGGUGAUGGCCCGGCUCGCUUUGACUGGGCCGAAGUUGGUGGCCCGAGUAUAA